UUUAAAUUUCCUAUUCCGAAUAAAGAAUAAAUUAAAUGAGAAUAAAAAGUAAAAUGGGCAAGAGAGUUGUCCAAAGAUUCAAGUUCAUGUUUUUUGGGCUCAUAGCUGUUGUUACUGGAAACCUCCUAGUUUCAGCCGUGAACACUGCAAGAUACGCAGGUUAUGAGGACUCGGUACAGAAUACUUUUAGUCGUGGGCAAAUAGUUGAGUAUGCUGAUGAUGAGGACUUCUGUCACAGCUAUGUCCUUUUGCCAGGUGUUCCACUAAUCCACAAAUCUAUCUUAAUCAUUGCUUACUUGCUUGCCUUGAUCUAUCUAUUCUUGGGGAUAGCAAUCAUUGCAGAUAUUUUCAUGGGUUCCAUAGAGGUUAUCACCUCCCAAACAAGGAGUGUGAAAUACGAAGACGACAAUGGAGUCCCUAGAGAAGCUAACAUUUCUGUAUGGAAUCCAACAAUAGCUAAUCUUACCUUGAUGGCACUAGGAUCCUCUGCUCCUGAGAUACUCUUGUCAUGAAUAGAGACUGUAUCUGAUCUCGGAGGAACUCCAGGAGAGCUUGGGCCAGCUACAAUUGUUGGAUCUGCAGCUUUUAAUCUUUUAAUCAUCUCAGCAGUGUGAGUGGUAUCGGUUCCUGGUGAUGAAAUAAGGAAGAUCAAUGACACUUUCGUUUUUGGAGUCACAGCUAUAACCUUUAUAUUUGCUUACAUAUGGUUAUACAUCGUCUUAGAGGUGUGGACUGAAGGAAGGAUCACAAUUGCAGAAGCUGUUAUUACAUUUUGAUUCUUCUUCAUUCUAAUCCUAGCCGCAUACAUAGCUGACAAGAUUAACCAAUACAGGAGAAAGAAAGAGAACGAACAAGCCAAAGACCUUAAGCAAAGGAACAUUCCUAUCAAAGAGUUCUUCCAUAUCUUAGGUGCGAAGAAAACCGUUGAGGCCCAGAAGAAAGCUAAAAAGGACGAUUAUGAAAAGGUUAACUCUUUAAACAACUUCUGGAAGAAUUAUUUUGGGACUAAAGACUUAACUGCUCAGACUCUAGAGAAGCUCAAGGGUGAUAUGGUGCCCAAAGAUCCUAUCCAACAGCGUAUCCACUUUAGGAGGCAGGUUGGAAGGACUUUCAGGGUCGCUGAAAGAACUGAGAUUAAAAAGAAUGAAAUCUUGUUUGAAGAACUGAAGAAGAUUGAGAAGGAACAACCCAAAUUUCUGUCCCCUAUAUGCGGAUUUAGAUGUCUUCAUUAUUCAGUGUCGGAAGGCAUCGGGAAAAUCAACGUCAAGUUCAUCAAUAAGACUGGCCAAGAAAUGGAGGUUGGUGUACGAACAGUCGAUGAUACUGCAUGAGCUGGAAAUGAUUACCACCCCAUCGAUGAAAAAGUUGAGUUUGGAGAUAGCCAAAAAGAGCAGUUUGUUGAGGUCAAAAUUGUUAAUGAUGAUACGUUCGAGCCUGAUGAGGACUUCUUCAUUGAGUUGUAUGAUCCAGAGACAGGCGAAAGACUUCCUGGAGCUGAUACCAGGACUAAGAUCACCAUUAUUGAUGAUGAUAAGCCAGGAAAAUUUGGAUUCUCCAGCAGAUUCUUAAAAGUAUCAGCAAAGGAUAAGAUUGCAAAGUUGAAGGUUCUAAGACAACAGGGUACAGACGGGCAGAUUACCAUUAAAUUCAAGACAAAUGAGAUAGGAAACGCAGAAAUUAAGGCAACUCCUAAUGUUGAUUUCAUCCCUGUCUCAGGAACAAUUGUCUUUGAGCAAGGAGAAAAUGAAAAAGAAGUUAUAGUGCCAAUCUUAGAAAGAGAAUCCUUAGAGGAAAGAGGUGACCAAUUUGAAAUAGAGCUCUUAGAACCAAGUGGAGGAGCCACUCUUGGCAAAAAGUCAAAAGCUACAGUUGAAAUUGCUGGAGACACUGAAAUAGUUCGAAAAGCAAAAGGAAUUGAAGAUAUAAUCAAUAUGGUGCAAAAAGAUCAGAACGUUACAUGGGGUCAUCAGUUCAAGAAUGCUAUACUUUUAUCUCCCCAGAUAGAUGAAAAUGGCAUCAUUGACGAGAUUACCGGCUGGGAAGCUGCUUUACACUUUGUGUGCAUUGGAUGGAAGGUUCUCUUUGCGACAGUUCCACCAGCAAAGCAUUGGCAUGGAUGGCCUUCAUUUCUGAUCUCACUGAUCUUCAUUGGAUGUCUGACAGCAAUAGUUGGAGAAUUUGCAGCUUUACUUGGAUGUGUUAUGACACUUAAACAAUCUCUCACAGCUAUCAGUAUCGUUGCUUUGGGUACCUCGUUGCCAGAUACGUUUGCUAGUAGGCAGGCAACCAUACAGUCUGAUAAUGCUGAUGUCGCUAUUGGUAAUAUCACUGGGUCUAACUGAGUUAAUGUUUUCCUUGGGCUUGGUUUGCCCUGGUUAAUUGGAUCCAUCUAUUAUGAAGUAGACGGUGGUAACUUUGUCGUGCCAAAGGAAGGGCUUUCUCUAUCUAUCAUCCUAUUCUUAGUUACCUCAGUAUCCUGCCUCAUUACUCUUGUUGUGAGAAGACUAGUAAUAGGAGGAGAACUAGGUGGUAAAGAAAAGUUCUGGAGAUACGCAACAGCAGGAUGGUUUGUAUUCCUUUGGUUCAUUUAUCUGCUAUUCUCAGGAUUAAGAUCUUAUGAUGCUCUCUAAUUGUUCCAACCUCAAUUUGAA